GACAAGUCUGCUCGCUGGGCCGUUCGCUUUUGGACCAAAAACACGGCUCCGUCGGUGACUUUUGGGCCGAUAUAGGCGAACAGAAAACACAAGUGAAAGAGCAUUUGGCCAGCCCAGAGAAGCCGAGCUGGGUGCCUUGAGUCUACAUGGUUCUCAUGUCGCGUUUAAGGCCAGCCCCCUGCUCAGUGAGGAGCUUCAAUAGUGCAGAGCAGCGUCUACAGCAAACUUCUCCUCGCAGACCGUGUGUGUGUACCGGACCAAACGACAGACAGACAUGGCAGAAGUCGCACCAGCACCCGCAGCAGCCGCGCCGGCCAAGGCACCCAAGAAGAAGGCAGCAGCCAAGCCCAAGAAAGCGGGACCCAGCGUAGGAGAGCUCAUCGUCAAGGCUGUGACCGCUUCCAAGGAGAGGAGCGGCGUGUCCCUGGCCGCGCUCAAGAAGACGCUGGCGGCAGGCGGCUACGACCUGGAGAAGAACAACUCCCGCGUCAAGAUCGCAGUCAAAAGCCUCGUCACCAAGGGCACCCUGGUCCAGACCAAGGGCACCGGUGCAUCCGGCUCCUUCAAGCUCAACAAGAAAGCUGUCGAGGCGAAGAGGCCCGCCAAGAAAGCCGCAGUCCCCAAAGUAAAGAAGGUGGCCGCCAAGAAGCCCGCCGCGGCGAAGAAGCCCAAGAAGGUAGCAGCCAAGAAGGCCGUCGCCGCAAAGAAGUCCCCCAAGAAGGCCAAGAAGCCCGCUACACCCAAAAAGGCCGCCAAGAGCCCCAAGAAGGUGAAGAAGCCCGCCGCAGCGGCCAAGAAGGCGGCAAAGAGCCCCAAGAAGGCUACAAAGGCAGCCAAGCCCAAAGCCGCCAAGCCCAAGGCAGCCAAGGCCAAGAAGGCAGCCCCCAAGAAGAAGUAAACCUAUUACAAACAGUGUUCUACUCGACACAUGUUAUACCACAAAAGGCUCUUUUAAGAGCCACCCACCUCUUUCCAUAGAAAGCGCAUUGAUUUCCAUGUACUACCUGUCGUGAAAAAGAAAUUACGCACACAACAUUGUCUCACUCUGGGUGUGUGCGAAGGGAGAGGCAUAUACUAGAGGGCCAAAAUGGCUUAGAAAUUUGACCUCACGAGUGCACCCUCACCAGCCAUUUAUAUAUGAGCCACUGGGCUAUUCCCGUUCAGAGGCAGGAUGCUGUGAUAUGUUACAAGUGCCAUGUAAUAACAAUACUAUAGUGGCUUCGAUUUCAAACUCAAGAGUGCACCCUCAACAGCCAUAUUUAUAUAUGAGUCACUGGGCUAUUCCGUUCAGAGGCAGGCUGCUGUGAUGUGUUACAAGUGCCAUGUAAUAACAAUACUAUAGUGGCUUCGAUUUCAAACUCAAGAGUGCACCCUCAACAGCCAUAUUUAUAUAUGAGUCACUGGGCUAUUCCGUUCAGAGGCAGGCUGCUGUGAUAUGUUACAAGUGCCAUGUAAUAACAAUACUAUAGUGGCUUCGAUUUCAAACUCAAGAGUGCACCCUCAACAGCCAUAUUUAUAUAUGAGUCACUGGGCUAUUCCGUUCAGAGGCAGGCUGCUGUGAUAUGUUACAAGUGCCAUGUAAUAACAAUACUAUAGUGGCUUCGAUUUCAAACUCACGAGUGCACCCUCAACAGCCAUAUUUAUAUAUGAGCCACUGGGCUGUUCCCGUUCAGAGGCAGGCUGCUGUGAUAUGUUACAAGUGCCAUGUAAUAACAAUACUAUAGUGGCUUCGAUUUCAAACUCAAGAGUGCACCCUCAACAGCCAUAUUUAUAUAUGAGUCACUGGGCUAUUCCCGUUCAGAGGCAGGCUGCUGUGAUAUGUUACAAGUGCCAUGUAAUAACAAUACUAUAGUGGCUUCGAAUUCAAACUCAAGAGUGCACCCUCACCAGCUGUUUGUUUCCCAUUUGGAGAGAAAUAAUGUGAGGAUUUCAUGUCCGACAUUUUGGCGCUCACGCGAAAUGACACAAAGUAACAAAGUCGGAGGGAAACAAAGUAGCCUCUCACUCGCUGCCUGUGGUGAGAGAGAGACUGAG